GCGAAGAGGAAAGGCGACACGUCAUAUGCUUAAUAUCGGGAAUUCUGAAUUCAAGCAAUCUGGCAAGUGGCAAUAGCCAAUAGGCAUCAGCAGUCUGCUAACCACUAGUGGCGACUGGUGAGGGCCUUAACUCUCAAGUCCAAGUGUCACUAUUUUGUAUUCUAUUGUUAAGGCUUAAGAUUUCCCGCCGUGAAGUAUUAAUUAAUUUUUGGUGGACGGUGGUUGUUAUACCGGAAAUCUAUAGGAAAUAAGUGAUAGGAAGUUGUUAGUAAGAAGCAUCCUUGAGUUUGUAUUGAUCACUUACAACUGGCCUACUCGAGUUUUACUGUUUUUGACUUAAGUAUUAUGUUAUCUAAUACACUAGUUGCAUUAUACAAGUGUUGAUAAAAUUUUUAAACUUAAUCUGCGGUAUGUUAUUUUUUUAAUUUCUGUUUUUGUCACCAACUGUUCUUAUAUCUUGUUCAAUAUUUUGUUAUCCAUUUUUUUCUCUUAACCAUGAGUAUGAAACAUUUAACAAACAAAACUCCGAAAAUUCUUCAAGAGCUUAUGAACCAACAGGAUAAUUCGAAAUGUUUUGAGUGUGGUUCUCAUAAUCCACAAUGGGCUUCUGUCUCAUAUGGCAUAUGGAUUUGUUUAAUGUGUUCAGGAAAACACAGAGGUCUUGGGGUUCAUUUGUCAUUUGUCAGAUCCAUCACCAUGGAUUCUUGGAAGGAUUUGGAGUUGGAAAAAAUGAAAGUUGGAGGUAAUAGAAAUGCUCUAGAAUUUUUCAAAUCUCAACCUGACUGGAGUGAUUCAAUGACUAUUGAACAAAAAUAUAAUACUAAAGCUGCAGCACUAUAUCGGGAUAAGAUUUUAAAUUUAGCUAAAGGGGAACAAUGGAGCCCUACUACGUCAUCAGCUAAAGAUUAUAAUGUAGAUCAUAUGAAAAUAAAGGGUACCCAAUCACAAAAGUAUAAUUUUAAUGAACCAUCAAAUAAUUAUAAUGAAUUGAGUUCUGGCUAUCAAAAUGAUGUUGGCGCUCCAAAUAUCAAAGAUGAAAAAGAAGCAUUUUUUGCUAGAAAACAAUAUGAAAACAUGACAAAACCAAGUAAUGUCCCUCCAAACCAAGGUGGACGUUAUUCUGGAUUUGGUAAUACAGUUGAACAACCACCAAGAAGUCAAUCUCAAGACCUUCUUGACUCGGCAGUGUCGUCAUUUUCUAGUGGAUGGUCUAUAUUUUCCUCAUCUGCAUCAAAACUAGCCUCUCAAGCCACACAAAGUGCCAUUAAAAUAGGUGGUCUAGCCACUCAAAAGGUAAACGAUUUAGGCCGUAAAGAAUGGCAAAAUAUCACUGGCAGUAAUAUUCCUACACCGCCAAAAUCACAUUCAACUAAUUUUGUAGCACAUUCCACUGAGAACUCUUCUUUAAUUUCUGAUGGCUCAUCUGGAAAUCAAAAAAACGUGCAGCGUAAAAACAGCUGGACGUCUUGGGAUGUUAAUAAUACUCAUGCAUCAUCUUCAGAUCAAACAACUGAAAAAUAUCAACCAAUUCAAGAUGAUUGGAAUAACAAAUGGGAUAAUAACUGGUAGAUCUGCAUCAAAAAUGUAAUUAAGUUUUUAUUUUUAAACAAUGAUUUUAAGAUAUAAAUAUUUAUAAAUGUUAUUUUAAAUUCUAAAUAUACAACUGUCUUCAUUAAAAAAAAAAUUAUUGUCUAGCAAAUUAUAUAAUAUGUAUUAUUUAUAUUACUUUAUUCGUGCUGGGUUGUACAGCAUUUUGAUUAAUUCAUCAAACCAAUAUUUAUAGGUCACACUUUCAAUUAUCAUGUUUAAGAGACUGUUAAAUGUUUGAGAACCUAUUAAUUAAAAUAAAUGUCAAUGCAACCCAUUAUUAAUGUAUUAAAUUCAAUGUUCAGAAUUUUAAUAAUAUGUUAUUAUUGUAGUUAAAGAAUUAAAAUAAAAUAAAUUUAAUAUAAAUAAUGUUAUGCUAUCAU